GCGACUCCGCUCAAUCUCGUGGCGAAACUGCCGACGAGAUGGAACAAAAGUUUCUUGGCAUUGCCAAAAAAGCCAUAGUGCUUGAACGCCACAGGAACGCCGCAGCCGCCAAGCAACGCCCUCAAGACAGCCAAGUGAGUGCUGCCACCGCUUCCAGGAUCUCAGAUGACAACCAAGGACGUAGAAGCUCUCUGCAUUCGUCUCGGCCAGCUGUCGGCGGAAGAACUGCACUCUCUAGAUGACGUCAAAGCGCCCUGGCUUUCUCGGCUGAAAGGCAAAACACCGGAACGUGCCGUCAGCAGGAUUCAGCGCUCCCUCCAUGCCGUCGUCUCCCUGGACCAUCGGCUCGCUUAUGUCGCCUGGUUCUACUGCUAUCUUAUGCGACGGGACAAGCUGCGGCCUUGGCUUCUGUACCACUAUGACGUCCCUGCUGCUACGGUUGACUGUUCCGAGCUUCUGGGACACCUGGUUUCCUCGUUGAUGGUUCCUAUCGCCGACACGACGGCCAUGCAGGCUAGCCAAGGGGGUGCAUUGCACGCCUGUCUCCUGACCAUGGAGCCAGGACUGGCGCCGUAUGACCACAAGUUACUGUGCUUGUGCCUCUGGCCCGGGCUGCCCUUCGUGGCCGCCCAUUCAUCGGGACUGAGAAUCCAGCGCCGGCUGAUGAUCGCGCUGGGACGUGUGCUGCGCGACAUUCCCGUGGAAGUGGUGGGUGGCGUUUACGGCGACCUUGACUCCGUGUUUGGCGCGGCCAGAAGUUAUUGCAGCGAUCCGCUGGCGCAUCGCAUGGCCGAAGCGCGUUACGCCGAGGGCCUGCAGUUGACUGUCUCGGGGCAAUGCCGGCGGCCUGACGCCAACAAAACUGAACGCCAAACCAGUAGCCAUGCUCAGAGCGUGAUACCACCACCCAAGAAGAGCGGCAACAGCGGCGAAAGUAGGGCCGGGAGAUAAGUCACCGAUGCUCAGAAGCGAGGCCGUCACUUUCUAGGCGAGGUUGACAGCCUUGAGGGCGUGCAUCAUCACACAUGCAGCCACUGCGACGGUAGCGACGCCUUGUCUUGAGCACCACGCCUUCUCAUCAAUGUCACCACGAAAAUAUCUUACGCCCAGAAGGGUUUUCAUCCUGACAGCUUGUGAUGCGUUUCACGAACGCCCCACAAAGAAAGCCGCAAAGUCUACGCAAGAAGUCACGUCGGUGCGAAUGUGUAAAUUGCUCCAUCAAAUGAACAUUUAGGACACCGUGGCGUAGGGCCACACAUUGAAACCUACAUGACAUGUCGAGGCACUGUGCCUGCACUUGUAGGAUGUGGCCACGCCGCUCACUUUUUACUGUAGAACGAUCUGUGAGAGGCCCGUGCCUUAUUCGAGUGCGAAA